AUGGAGGUACGGCAAUUGCUGGCAGCGGGAGACGCGGCAGUUCUGGAAAGCUGGGAAGUCGCCAGCAAAGAUGUUUCUCCGUUCUUCGCGCUCCCACGCACGAUGGUGGGCCGGGCAGCCGAGCGAGAUGCCGUCGUUGAGGUCCUGGAUCGUACUCUGAAACUGUUUCAGGGAGCCAGAGGGCUUCACUUGUCGUCGUUGCCGGAGGACCAAUUCGCAACUUUCACCGUCCUUCCCUCACCAAGCAACACCCCCGGGGAAGAGGAAGCCCUUAAUCUGGUUGAUGAAUCUCCCAGCCAGACCGGUUCUGUGAGCGGGACAUCCGCUGGGGGUACCCAAUCGUAUCCAGCUAAUACAAGCCGCACGCGUUCCCCCAGAAAUUCGUCAUACGCCUCAAGCGAGGGUAGCGAGUCCGAUCCUGCCAUCGUAGAGAGGAAGGGACCAGACAAGCGCUUGUCAGUCUCCUCGUUUGACAGCACGAGUGGCGAGGGAAGCUCCCGAUCGAAUGACAAUGCGGGAAGGUCGGCUGCACAUGGCAUAGCAACGCCGAAAGGCUUAUGCGAGAUCAUCAGCAUUGAGGGAGGGCCUGGGUUGGGCAAAUUGCGGUUGAUUACAUCGGUUCAGAUUGAAGCCCGACGAAGGGGCUUCUUUGCUAGCUCGCGAUUCGAUGUCGCCGACAAAGAGCGUAUGCGUCCGGUUCUACACCUUUUUUCGAGUCUAUUCCACCAGGCGUUCUCGGAAAACAUGAAUGAACCAGUUUCCUACUGA